AUGUCGCUUAUGCUCCAGAUUGCGUCGUCAACACCAGCCAAGGCGCUCAUACAUCUCAACGGGCUUUUGCUAUCACCCGCAUUCUCAGGCUCACUAUUGUGUGCAUUCAUCUUUGCGACAGAGGCAAAGAAGUUGCAGCUACUCAAGGCGCUACGCGUGCCGCCCACGAUCGAUCUCGAGCUAGUCAAGAGGGGACUGCAGAUUCUACUAGGUCUCAGUGUCGUUCGCUAUGUCAACUCGACACUGAGCAGCAUUGCGCUCAACUCGUGGCGACUGACCAAGCCUGGAAACUGGCAGUGGAACAAUGAAAUUGCAGUCAUCACCGGGGGGUGCAGUGGCAUCGGCAAAUGCACGGUGGACAGGCUGGUCAAGCGCGGGGUCCGGGUGGCCAUUUUCGACAUCCAAGAGGCGCCAAAGUCAUUCCACAACAAUGACCUAAUCCGCAUAUACCAGUGCGACAUUACGGAUCGCGACUCGGUGGCCCAAGCCGCGGAUCGUGUGCGAGAGGACUUUGGACAGCCGUCCAUCCUCAUCAACAAUGCUGGCAUCACUAAGCCAUUUGCCAUCAUGGACAUGCCAAUGGAGGUCAUUCGCAAGAUUUUCGAGGUCAACUGCUUUGCGCACUGGACCACGGUGCAGGAGUUCCUGCCGCACAUGAUGCGGCUCAACAAGGGCCAUGUCGUGACGGUCGCGAGCCUGGCGGGCCAUGCGUCGAUUGCCAAGGCGGCCGACUACUGCGCGAGCAAGUCGGCCGCCAUUGCGUUCCACGAGGUCCUGGGCGCGGAGCUCCGCAGCUUCUACGGCGCCGACGGCGUCAUGACGAGCGUGGUCAACCCCAACUUUGUCCGCACGCCGUUCCUGGACAACGUAGAGGGGCUCAAGGAGAUGCAGGAUCAGAUUCCCAUGCUCACGCCGGAGCAGGUCGCGGAUCGUAUCGCGGGGCAGAUUUUCAGCAGGACCGCCGGAGAGGUGAAUGUGCCGUCCCAUAUGGACUAUAUCACUGGCUUUCGCGGCUGGCCGCACUGGAUUCAAAUCUUUGCCCGUGAUUCGAUGGGCAAAGCAGCAGCUAGUAUCAAAUAG